UAAUUAUGAUAAGGUAUAUAUGAUAAGAAUUUACAGGAAUGUUAACAGAGAAUUUGGUCAAGAUGAACUCAAUCGUGUUUGGAAUACUCGUGCUUACACUUCCAAAUGUGUUUUCCUUCCUUUUUGGAGAUAGAUGUACAAUACUUCCACAGGGAUUUAUACCUGAUGGAGAACAUCGUGAAUACCAAGCUCCAGAUGGGUGUAAAAAUGGCACCAUAGACUGGAACUACCCAAAGGAGUACAUCAUAGUGAAGUUUAAGAGAGAAAGUCAUGACAAGUUUUCUGUCUGCAUUGGCGAAAAUAUAGGUGGUGACAUGUUCACUUUUUAUUAUAUAACAGGGCAAGGACGACGUGCUAUUCCAUCAGGCACCUGGCCAUGUAUCAAUUCUCAACAUGGGAGUGUUUCAAUUGAAAUCCAUGCUCCAGAAAUGCAAACAUAUAUGGGAGCAGUUGACUAUUCAAUUCAGAUGUAG